AUGUGGGAUCAAUACAGUUGGCUUUCGUAUGUCAAAGUAAAUCAAAUGUUCGCUGAGCGUGUUGUGGCAGAGCACAAACCCGGUGACAUUAUUUGGGUGCAUGAUUACCAUCUUUUGCUUGUACCCUUGCUUGUACGUCGUAUGGUUCCAGAUGCACAUAUUGGGCUUUUUGUGCACUCUUCCUUCCCAAGCAGCGAACUAUUUCGAUGUCUGCCUCAGCGUAAUCAUAUUUUAGAGGGUAUGUUGGGUGCAGAUUUGAUCUGUUUCCAGAAUCAGUCCUACGCUCGACACUUCUUAUCGUGCUGUGUUAGGAUUUGUGGCCUGGAAGUCCAGGGCCGUUGUGUCGAGUUAUCUAAUGGACGUGUGACAAAGGUGUCGCACAACAUCAUCGGCAUUGAUGUUGAGCGUGUUCGCUAUGAAGCCACCGCACCUGGAAUUGGGCUACGCAUGCAUCAACUAAGAAAUUUGUACAAAGACAAACGUAUCAUCGUGGGCUGUGACAAAUUGGACGUGGUACGGGGGGUAAUUCAAAAGUUGCUUGCUUUUUAUGAUCUUUUAUUGCAUUACCCUCAAUGGAGAGAGAAUGUGGUGUUAAUCCAAAUUACAAUUCCUGCGAUGCAUAGCUCCUUGAAACUCGAGCGUCAAGUAUCAGAGCUCGUCAGUCAAAUCAAUGGUGACUUUGGGUCGCUCAGUUUUACACCUGUGCAACAUUACCACCAAGUUAUCGAGCGGGAGGAAUACUAUGCUUUGCUUUCGGUUGCUGAUCUCGCGCUUGUUACAUCGGUCCGUGAUGGUAUGAAUACGAUGUCUAUGGAGUAUGUGGUUUGCCAAAAAGAACACCGACACAGUCCACUGAUUUUAAGUGAGUUUACAGGCACCGCAGGACAUCUUCCUGCCGCCAUCCACAUCAAUCCCUGGGAUAUUGGCGGUGUAGCUGCCGCCAUUCAUCACAGUUUAUGUAUAAGUGAUCAGGAGCGCUUUGAACGAAACAUCCAGUGUCAUGAUCAAGUGGUUUCGCAAACAUCACGCACAUGGGCAUUAUCCCUCGUUCAGCAGAUGCUGAUUCGAUUACGGCAUCGUUAUUCGGCACAUUCGACCCCCAUUUUGGAUACAAACCUCUUGGUCCAACAUUUUAGAAGUGCUCGAAAACGUUUGUUCUUGCUGGAUUAUGAUGGCACGUUGACUCCUAUUGUCAAGGAUCCUGCAGCCGCUGUUCCGUCACAGCGUCUGUUAGAUGCAAUGCAUGCUUUGACAAACGAUACCCGGAAUAUCGUGUACAUUAUUUCUGGACGUGACGAAGCCUUUUUGUCUAAACAUUUCAGUCAGUUUCCAGCGUUGGGUUUGUCCGCUGAGCAUGGAAGCUAUUUCAAAGAGCACGGUAUUGGCAGCACGUGGCAGAACCUGUCAGCGGAGCUUGACAUGUCUUGGAAGGGAGAUGUUUUAAAUGUGUUCCGCUACUUCACUGAUCGGACUCUUGGCAGUAAUAUCGAAGAGAAAAAAAGCAGCAUCGUUUGGCACUACCGAAAUGCAGAUCCAGACUUCGGCUCUUUUCAAGCUAAAGAAUGCCAGUCUUUGUUGGACAAUAUACUCUCUCAAAAUGAUUUGCAGGUUGAAGUUGUGGUUGGCAAGAAGAAUGUGGAAGUCCGUCCACUCGCAAUCAACAAAGGCGAAAUAGUCCACCGGAUUUUGUAUUCAAACCCUGACACAGACUUUGUUUUCUGUGCGGGUGACGACAAAACGGAUGAGGACAUGUUCAGAUUUCUGUCCAACCUUGCAAAUGACACCUCCGAGAAAGAGCCUUCAUCACCUACCGGUGGUAUGAACACCAUGAUGAUCAUGCCUCCUGCACCUCUGAGUCGGUCUUCAUAUGUUAAUGCCACUUCACUGAGCCUCAAACUCAAGCGCGACCAAAUUUUCACUUGCACUGUUGGCCCCAAUUCAAAGCGGACAAGAGCCGAUUGGCAUGUUGGCGACGUUCACGGCGUGAUUGACUCUCUUUUGGGAAUGGUUGGAACUUCUCGCGAUGCAACAUCAAAUACAUAA